GGUAUAAGAGACGGGGUGGCGGGCGGAAACCGGUCUCAUUGAACGCGGUGGCAGCGCUUGGGUCUUCUGUGUGUUUUACUUAAUCCGUGCCGACUCUACGAGUAAGCAACCAUGUCUAAGGGACCUGCGGUUGGUAUUGAUCUUGGCACCACCUACUCUUGUGUGGGUGUCUUCCAGCAUGGAAAAGUAGAGAUAAUUGCUAAUGAUCAGGGAAACCGAACCACUCCAAGUUAUGUUGCCUUUACUGACACCGAACGAUUGAUAGGUGAUGCCGCGAAAAAUCAAGUUGCAAUGAACCCCACGAACACAGUUUUUGAUGCCAAGCGUCUGAUUGGACGCAGGUUUGAUGAUGCUGUUGUCCAGUCUGAUAUGAAGCAUUGGCCUUUUGUGGUGGUGAAUGAUGCAGGCAGGCCCAAGGUCCAAGUAGAAUACAAAGGAGAGACAAAAAGUUUCUAUCCAGAGGAGGUGUCCUCCAUGGUUCUGACAAAGAUGAAGGAAAUUGCAGAAGCCUAUCUAUCUUCCAGCACCCAGGCCAGUAUUGAGAUUGAUUCCCUUUAUGAAGGAAUCGACUUCUAUACCUCCAUUACCCGUGCCCGAUUUGAAGAAUUGAAUGCUGAUCUGUUCCGUGGCACUCUGGACCCUGUAGAGAAAGCCCUUCGAGAUGCCAAACUAGAUAAGUCACAGAUUCAUGACAUUGUCCUGGUUGGUGGUUCUACCCGUAUCCCCAAGAUUCAAAAGCUUCUCCAAGACUUCUUCAAUGGAAAAGAACUGAAUAAGAGCAUCAACCCUGAUGAGGCUGUUGCUUAUGGUGCAGCUGUCCAGGCGGCCAUCUUAUCUGGUGACAAAUCCGAGAAUGUUCAGGAUUUGCUACUAUUGGAUGUCACUCCUCUUUCUCUGGGUAUUGAGACUGCUGGUGGAGUUAUGACUGUGCUCAUUAAGCGCAAUACUACUAUUCCAACCAAGCAGACACAGACCUUCACUACCUACUCUGACAACCAGCCAGGUGUGCUCAUCCAGGUUUAUGAAGGUGAGCGUGCCAUGACCAAGGAUAACAACUUGCUUGGCAAGUUUGAACUUACAGGCAUACCUCCUGCUCCCCGUGGUGUUCCUCAGAUUGAAGUCACUUUUGAUAUUGAUGCCAAUGGCAUUCUCAAUGUCUCUGCUGUGGAUAAGAGUACAGGAAAAGAAAAUAAGAUUACCAUCACUAACGACAAGGGACGUUUGAGCAAGGAAGACAUUGAACGUAUGGUCCAGGAAGCUGAGAAGUACAAGGCUGAAGAUGAGAAGCAGAGGGACAAGGUUUCAUCAAAGAAUUCACUUGAGUCCUAUGCAUUCAACAUGAAAGCAACUGUUGAAGAUGAGAAACUUCAAGGCAAGAUCAAUGAUGAAGACAAACAGAAGAUUCUUGACAAGUGUAAUGAAAUUAUCAACUGGCUUGAUAAGAACCAGACUGCAGAGAAGGAAGAAUUUGAACAUCAACAGAAGGAGCUGGAGAAAGUCUGCAACCCCAUCAUUACCAAGUUGUACCAGAGUGCAGGCGGAAUGCCAGGGGGCAUGCCAGGAGGAAUGCCUGGGGGCUUUCCUGGUGGUGGUGCUCCUCCUUCUGGUGGUGCUUCCUCUGGCCCCACCAUUGAAGAGGUUGAUUAAGCCAACCCAAGUGUAGAUGUAGCAUUGUUCCACACAGUAAAACAUUGAAGGAUCCAAAUUUGUAGCAAAUUAUGUGGCAGAUUUAAGGUUGGGCUGCUAUAGUGAAUUACUGGGCAUUUUCAAUACUUGAAUAUGGAACAUGUGCACAGGGGAAGGAAGUAACAUUGCACUUUAAAAGCACUGUAUUGUAAGUGGAAAAUGCAAUGUCUUAAAUAAAGCUGUAUUUAAAAUUGGCACCAUA